AAUAUUCUUCAAGUAAUUCAAAGCGACGAAUUUAUAGGAAAUCAAGACAAUUUCAAGGUAUUGAAAGAUCGUGUAAACGUUUUCUACCUGUCGCUAUUUCAUCACACUGAAGGUCUAAUUCCUGCCAACAUGAUAUCGGCGGAACUAGAAGCUGGUGUGCCAACGCAAACAGGAGGAAUUUGGAGGAAAGAUCCCGUGGAACAACUGACACAAGCUCCCAAAGUGCAGAAGGUCGUUGAGAAUGCCGCGGAAAAGGAAGUCAUAAAGCAAUUCAACAAUCUGGCUGGUGUGAGAUCAAAGGAUAUUUUUUCUGAAAUAAACUUCUUGAAGAAAGUCAUCAGUUAUUGGUCAUAUCUUGAUCUGUCCUUUCAUAAACCGCUUGUUGAAAAAUGGCGAGUGCUAGAAUCCAUGAAUAAAGAUCUAGAGAACGAAUCUCUCAUGUGUGUCUUUUUCGAACUGGCGAAUUUUUCCAAUGGUUUUGCCAAUGCUGCAUCUCACAUGACCGGGUACUUGGUUAGCGAAAUUCUAAAAAUGGGCAAGGAGAAUGGCGCUAAAACAGAAAAAACAAUGGGAGAGCUAGUCACCUCAUUAGAGUAUGAAAUCUACAAGAAAUAUCGUGUUCUAUUGGAAGAAUGUCUUUGCAGCUCUUGUACUUCAGUGAUACAUUUUGAUGAUAAUGUGAACAGCGAAAGUACAUCCAAAAUUGAGAAACGUCCAAUGCACUGCGAAACUGUAGAUAUCUGGGCCGAAAGAUUGAUGAAGAUUUCUAAAAAACUCUCUGCAAAGACCCUUAAAAAGUGCGAAUCAUUUUUUUCCGCAACACCGAAAAUGUCGCCGCCAACAAUUUCCCUGGCAAGACCAAAAGACGUUCAAACCUGCACACCACGAUUUAUGAAUAUUUUGCCUUCUGACUAUGAGGACUACCCAUGCACAUGGCUCACUAGUCGUUCCCCAAAAACUCUUCAGGCAGAACUUGUUGAGGUACCACGUCAAAAUGUCGCCUUAUCGGCGGGAGAUGCCGGUCAUCUGAUCAUCUCAUCAGCGAUGAACCCAGAAUUUAACAGACAUAUAACUAAUCCAAAUGCAAUACAUGAUACCAUUCAGUUCAAAACCAAGGCAAAUGCCUCUCCAAAUGUCGACACGGCCUUUCGAUUAUAUGGCAAACAUGGGAACGGAUUCAUGAUACGACCAGUGAAGACAAUACAUUCAGGUGUUGAUAGCCUCCGUUUUGCCCGCCGUGUAAUAACCGAGGCUCAACACGUAUUUUUUCACAUGCCUAGAGACAACGUAGGCGAGGUAACUGUUAAGAAGGACGAGUAUGGCUGUCUUUUGCUGGACAUUUAUGUUCAGAGAGAUGAAGGUGCUGAAAUUCGUUUGCUAGCUGAGGUCUUAGCUGCAGAAGGUCUUACCGUACCAGUUGUGGAAGAAGGCGUCGACGAAGGAAUAUUUAAAUCUAUGAUAGAUGCAAAACGCAGACAUGCCGGUCUUUUUGAGUUACCAGCUGAGACACGGAAAUUUCCAUUCAGACCUUGGGACAUACAACAGGGAGAAAAUCCAUUAAAAAAUCAAGAAAUGACUGAAGAAAAUUUUUUAAUGUUCCGAACAGUAGAUUCAAUGUACGCCACCGAAGCUCUUCUUUACGCUGCUCCAUCGACAUUAAAUGACUCUGGCAUUGGUUUAUUCCUACAUCCUAGAUUAAGAAAGAUAUCCGCAGGAUCUUAUUUGUGCACAUAUGCUACAUCAUGGUCUCAUAUCAACCGUCUGAGGAAGAUGGGUAGCUGCCCCCCGCCAGCCACCCUAUACCACGCUCCCUUCGCUCUGUACGUCCCUGUUGGUUCCUAUGUCCUAGAAGUUGCCGUCAACGGCCACACACGAUUUUACGACGCUACGAGUUAUGACGGUGCAAACAUUGGCCGGUUUGCCAAUGAAAAUGGUGUGCUGGAAGCUCUCAAAGACGUCAAAAGGAGAACGAGUCUGGAAUUUGUUGAAGAAACUCUACUCUGUGUCGAGGGUUCUUUGUCUUCAGGAAUGGGCCUUGCGGGACAUGGGAAGACGCUCUUACUAAUCAGAGAUCAUUUGGACAUAGCUUCUUAA